AUGCCUCACAGUGGACACACUCAUCAGAGGAGUUAUCAGGCAGCUCAUGGUAAGCAUUUUAAGGUCAGUGGAUGUGAAGGAAUGCAGGUCCAGUCGGUGCCCCUCGGCUCUGUCACUAUAGGACCGCAGUCCUGGCGCGAUGGGACGGUCCGCUCCAUCCGGCGGGCGGAGCGCCUGGUGCGGCAGACUCGGGCCGGGCGGUCCGGGACUUGCAGCCGGCCCCGAAGCUGCAGCGCCACCGCCGGUUUCACCCCAAAGCGCACAGACUGCACAGCGGAAACAACAGAUGAUAAGAUCACAGGGGAGGAAUGCGGAGAGAGUCGUGACUGCAUCUGCAAAAAUAAGAUGUCGAGGCCCCAGACUACUGGAGCGAUGUUCCCUAGUGGGUCCCAGAAGACGUCUGUGGCCCCGUUCCCGCCCACCAGCUUGCGUGAGCAGUGUGCCGGGGCCAGCGUUGCCGUGGCCGGUGACUACAUGCGGAGGGUGCGGGAGGUGGAGGGCCAGCUGCGCAGGCAGGCUGGCAGGGUGACCCAGGAGGGCAUCAAGCUGGAGAGGGAGAGGGGUCACCUGGAGAGGAUGCUGCGCAGCCUCAGGACCAGUCUGACUGUCAACAGGAGGAGCUCGGAGGGGAGGACCAGGAGGCCAUCCACUGCUGAGACUGAGAGAGACGGUGCUGAUUACCUGUUGUUGUGCGAGAGAAGAGAGCUGGCACAGUUGAAACAGGAUCUGGAGGGAGCGCUGAGAAACACACUGACCCAGCUGCAGGCUCUGGGUCAGAGCAGCAGACAGCUGCUGGACUGUGCCAGUGAGCGAGCUCGUGUCCUGGAGCUGCUGCCUCACAGCUGCUCUGCUGGGGGACACAGCAGCGCUGCUCAGACCCUCAGCAAAACAGACCCCGUCAGCCCCUUUACACCAGAAUGUAAACAGGUUUUAGAGUCGUCCAAUUUGACCAUCAAUCAGUCACAGCUGCUGAGGGAGAACAUCGUACAGAUGCUAACCAGCGCCAUCACCAGGCAGAAAACUAUUCACUGCGCAGUCAAUGAUGGCCUGGUGAAGAAAAUGGCAGAGACAGUCAGUCUGCAGCAAAACCUGACUGUGAUGUCUGCAGCCACCAGGCAGGCCAUGUUUCGCAAGCAGAGGGAGAUUAACUGUAUUCGUCACAGCCACGACAGACUGCAGGGUCCAGAGUACAGCGGUGACAUACUGUCCAGAGAGAAACUCAACAGGCCUCUGGUGCAGGUUUAUCACAGACACCCGGGGACACAGUUACCUGAGGCUGCUCAUCUCAUACAGGGCAGCGCAGUGCUGAGGCGGUGUCUGAUGUCCUCUGAGGGUGAGCUGGCGAGGCUGCAGCGCGCCUGUCUGCAGCUGCUGGAUGACCAGCACGGCAAGAGGGCAGCAGCUCAGGUGGAUGCAGCUGUCAUCCGCAUGAGGCGUCAGCAGGUCGACAAGCGAGCCAUGCCCUCUGUCCUCCAGCAGGGGGCGUGCAGAGGCCAACUUCCCCUGUCUUGUGUUCAGUAGGGCUGCAGCAAGCAUGCAAGUAGACAGGGAUGAUAGCUUUAAGUGUGUUGUGAGGAAAAGGGAGUGGCUAUGUACAAAAUGUAUCGGUUAAAGAUUAAUAAAAUAGGAUUAAAGCAUUAAAGUAUGAAAGGCGCUAUAUAAAUAAAGUUUGAUUGAUUGAUUGAACAGUUUGUGGUCAAAAGUAUAUGGACCCCCUUGGUCUCAUAGUCUUGAGAACUUUUAGUCUUAGUUUAUCAUGGUUUGGGUAAGGUCCAUUUGUUAAAUUAAAAAACAUUUUUAAUGCUACAGCAAAGCAAUUUAAGCGAAGAGUGCUGCCAGCUUUGUAGCAACAGUUUUGGGAAUGCCCUUUCCUGUUUCAGAUAACCCCAGUGUACGAGGUUAAAUUCAUUAAGAAAUUCUAAGGAUUUGUCUCAGAUAUGUUAAAGGUCCAGGUGUGUACGAUUCAGGGAUAUCUACUGUCAGAAAUGGUAUAUAAUAUUGAUAACUAUGUUUUUAUUAGUUUAUAAUCACCUGAAAUUAAGAACCAUUGUGUUUUUGUUACUUUAGAAUGAGCCGUUUAUAUCAACAUAGCCUGACUCACCAGAUGUAAACGACAACAAACAACCUCUGAGCUAACAACUUACAUGCUGAAACUGCCGUAUUUUGACUAAGAUUUGGAUCCUGCAGGAAGGCAUGCCUGUUUUGUUCCUUCAGUAAAUUGUUGUAAAGAUAUAAAACGAAUAAAACAACUUGGGAACGCAUCCCGGGAAAGCCCAGAUUAAAUCUUGCACGACUCUCGAG